AUGUCACACUCUAGCGAUGAAUUCGACGAUGAACUUCCAGACAUGAAGAAGCUGCUGGAACGUUAUGCUGCACCUGUUCAAGCGCGGGGGGAGAGUGCCUCUCCAUUGGAAUUGUUUGACCCGGUUACUCCCCCGAAAGCAUCGAAAACGAGGGCCUCAAAGGCUGCUGUUGUUGGGGGCACGGCGAAGAAGGCUGCGAUUGGUAUAGUUGGAGGUCCGGGCGAUGGUCAAGGUAGCGCAAAGACACCUGUCACGGCUAUAAGAAAACCUAGAACAGUCUCGAAAUUGUUGAACGGGGAUCCGGAGGUGGUGGUGAAGAAGAAGAAGCUGGGCCGAUCUGUUAGCGGAAAGUUUAAAGGCGCUUUGGUAGAGGGGACGAAUGCAACGGGAAGGUCUAUCGAGCCUACAAAGACGAAAGGCCUAGGGAGUUCGUUCCGCGAGCGCUCCACCGUACCACCGGCAAUUUUGGACAGCUCUGAUUCUGAGGAGGAACGCGCUGGAAAGUCGCGAGCCCCACUGCCGCCACCAGCGUUUACCAAGUACCGGCGAAGCCGCAAAACUGUCCUGAGCUCAGAUGAUGAAUUUACGCCGGAAGAGGAUAGUGAGGAGGAAGUUGAGCAGUUGGGUAUUAAGAAACUUCAGCGACUGACGAUAGAUUUAACCUCUUCAUCCGAUUCAGAGGGCGAAGGUUCUAAGCAGUCUACUGCCUCGUCCACUCGACGGACUGAGGCGUCAUCUGAGGACGAGGGGUUCAAGUCACACGGCAGUUCGAAAAGUUUCAAGCUACCAACUGAGGCUAUUCUCUCUUCUCCACCUCGAUCUACAAAGCCUUGCAAGGUUUUCAGGCCCACCCGCCCAACGCAAAACACAAGUGCUACACCCAAGCUAGAUCCACCAAAGAAGAUAGCCCCGGUAAUACCACCAUCACCGCAUCAUCCAACGAGUGAUUUAUUCUGGGACGAGCGCGAGACAAGUUCUUGGAUAGAUACCCACUCCCCGCAGAAAAGACCUCCGGCCCAAAGGUCACUAUUUCAAACCCCCAACUUAAUGAUGCCAGAAGGCACCAUAGCACCGUUGACACCCUCCACAAUGGACUUGAAAGAAAAGCGGGCAUUGAAGAAAUCCUUCGAUGCGAAGAAGAAAGCGCUUGCCGAAGAAUUUCUGAAAAAGGUUGAUGACAAGAUCGCUAAUGGUGAGGUUGGGUCAAAAUGUGCGAAUACGGGUGGCGUGCAGAUUAUAUGGAGUAAGACUUUAAGGACGACUGCCGGGAUGGCGAAGUGGAAGGUGGAGAAACUUAGGCUGCCCGAUGGGCAUGUCGCUAUGGGCGGCCAUGAACUAGCAGACCGAGUGAGACACCAUGCGACGAUUGAACUAUCGGUGAAGGUCGUUGAUAACGAAGAAAAACUCUACAAUGUCCUUUGCCACGAAUGGGCCGCGCAAUGUACCCAUGCCUUUUCCCACCUCGGGGUAAAGGUAACAACAACCCACUCCUACGAAAUUGAGUGCAAAUACCAAUGGACCUGCCAAAACCUCCAAUGCAAAUACAUCUACAUGCGCCACUCGCAAUCUAUUGACCCCGAAAAGCACUCAUGCGGUGCCUGUACUAGCGGGCGACUCCUACAGACACAACCUGUGCCAAAGGUGAAGAGACCGAUCACAGGCUACCAGGCCUUCAUGAAGGAGAACUUUAGCAGGAUAAAGGCAGAGAACCCGGGGAAGCCUCAGAAAGAGCUUAUGGGCCUUGUUGGGAAGGAGUAUAGGGAAGCGAAGGCCAAGGAUGAGGAUGCAAAGAAGGGUAGUGGGUUCGUGGAGGCUGGAGAGAAGGAGGGGGUUCUGGAGGAACUCUUAUGGGGGUUGGAAGUUUGAUGAUGAUGAUGAUGUGUGCAGUACAAGCUCCUGUAUAGAUUUUUUGUGGGCGAGUUCAUUCCAUGCAUGAGCGGGCGGUUUCGAGUAUGUAGCUCAAUUUUUGCUGUGAGGCUUUGUCCCUCCACCUUUGCAAACCAUACAACAUAGUCAUUACUAUCAACCGACCAUUCAUAUUUUCACCAA